AUGUUCCCUCUCUUACUCUCUGUGAUGGCUACCAGCCAUGUAAUGGCAACGACGACAAUGCCUUAUCAGGAACCUUGGUCCAUUGGCGGUCACAGUGUAUGGAACUCCUUAAACGCGUCCGUCGACGGUCGCCUCAUUCCAGGCGCUCCCAUUGCGCAACCUUGUGUCGACGACCCCACGUCAGCACUGUGUUCAGAGAUACAACACGGAUAUCUAGAUGAAGUUUUUCGUUCAAACCGACCAGGCGGUUUCACCAACGCGCAAUGGGAGAGUUGUCAGGCCACUGGUCAACAGUGCCUUCUCGACUAUCGGAAUACGACUAUGACCAGUCCAAUAGGGGCACCAAAUAAAUGUCAAAUGGGCAGCGUGUCAAAUUAUUAUCUUGAUGUACGAUCCGCGAAAGACGUCUCAGUUGCUUUUGAAUUCUCAAAAGCAUACAAAGUUCCGCUUGUCGUAAAGAAUACCGGACACGAUUACAAGGGUCGAAGUAGUGCACCCAACUCUCUUGGAAUCUGGACACAUAAUCUCAAAGAUAUAUCGUAUAAUCAUCGUUUCGUCCCUGAAGGCUGUAAGCAUCCACCGUCAGCACGACCAGCGGUGACACUCGGGGCUGGCGUUCAAUGGUACGAGGCCUAUGCCUUCGCGGAAGCUAACAACAUCACCAUCGUUGGAGGCACAGACAGAUCCGUGGGCGCCUCCGGUGGUUGGUUAAUGGGCGGCGGUCACAGCAUGCUUUCAAACACAAUGGGACUAGGUGUUGAUCGAGUGCUUCAGUUCAAGGUCGUCACCCCGGAUGGUCGAUACAGGAUUGCCAACGCGUGUCAAAAUCAGGACCUCUUCUACGCACUCCGUGGAGGUGGUGGCGGGACAUUCGGCGUAGUACUCGAAAGCACGGUGUUGGCAUCCCCACCGGUGAAACUAGAGACGGUCAUCGUAUCAUUCGACUCGGCAGCUAAUGCAACUCUCACCGAAGAACUAUGGACUAUCAUGGCCGAGAAUUCAGUACGUUGGGCCAAGGAAGGCUGGGGUGGUAUCUCAAACAAGGGAGUUGCUAUUUACAUCAACCCGCGCCUCGACGCCCGUGCAGCCGCUCAGUCCAUGACUCCGCUGAUCAAUUUUGGUCAGCGGUUAGUCGCUCAGAACGUUACCGGUGCGAAGACGCUGGUGACGACCUUCCCAACUUGGUCGUCGUUCUUUACCACCUUUUCUAGCCAAUAUGUAGCGCGCGUCGGAAUACCACUAGCGCUGGCUUCCCGACUAAUAAACGAAUCAAACUUUGAAACACCGUCGAGCCAAAAAGAACUGGUGUCUGCACUUACCGCCGCGAACAAUGCUACGGGAUCAGUAAUAAUACUUAUUUCGGCACCUUCGUCUUAUCCGGGUGAUGGACACACCAGCGUAACUGAAGCUUGGAGAGACAGCUUGUUUCACGUUACGCUGGUCUCAUCGUGGAAUUGGGAUACAUCGAUGAAAGACAAGAAGGGCCAUUAUACCCUGGCCAGUCAAGCGAUUGACCAUCUACGAAAAAUCACUCCCGAUGCAGCAUAUGUGAACGAGGCUGAUGUAUACGAGCCAAAUCAUGAAGUUGCCUUUUGGGGGUCUAAUUACGACAGACUCUUAGCUAUAAAGCACAAAUAUGACCCAGAUAGGCUGCUAGAAUGCUGGCAAUGCGUGGGUUGGACACCAGCAUCUCCCGUGUACAAGUGCUAUUUGUAG